UGGGAAGCUUCUUUAGAAACAGUCUGUUUCUUUAGAGAUGCACCAAAUUAUAAAUGGCUCUUCCUGAUAUCUGUAGGACUGUACAACCACCACUGCUCCCAACUAACCAAAUUAAAUAACUGCAUCCACCAUGCACGGAUCUCCAUAUUUUAACAUAAAGCCAAUUUUUGUGCAACUAAAAAAGCUGCAGCCUUUUCAUCUUCUCAAGGAGCACGUGAACGCAGUUACGGCUGUAGACAUGAACCCGUAUGUUCCUACAUCCCCGGUUCGACCCAACCGACCGCUGAGGAAACCCUCGUCCAGCCCGGACGUGCCUUCUUCAUCACCAUCUCCGCAAAGAUUCCCCACCAUGAGGCCCGCUGCGCCUCUACGUCCCGCUGGAAACGGUCACACCAGUUCACCAGUAAGCGAAGAUAAACCACCUUUGCCAGGAUUGGUCCCUCCAGCCCUCAUGGUAUACUUAUGCAAGUUCUGUGGUCAGCAAGGUAAUUUCCGUUGUAAGCGCUGCAAGAAAAUGCCUUAUUGCUCCGUAGUGUGUCAGACAGAGGACUGGAUGGAACACAGACGCACCUGCAGGCCUGUUGACCUCGAGCCUGCGAAAGAAAAACCCAAGGAAAGCAUGGCUUUGCUAGGUGCUGGUCACAAGAAAAGCCUCACAGAAUUGCAGGCCAGUGAUUCAUCAAGCUAUAAGAAGGUGUAUUUAAAAGAUUUACAAGCUUCUAAAAUAACAGAUGGAGCUGACAUCCAGGCUACUGUUGUUGAAUUCACCAGCCCUGGCAGGUUUUUCAUCCUUCCUCAAAACCCCAAGGUGCUAGAAGCUCUACAAAUCAUAAGCACAGAACUUCAGAAAACCUGCAGCAACCACUCAGGAACAGCUUACCUUCCCUGUGAUGGAGAAGUUUGUGCAGUUCAGUUUUCCUGUGAUAAGAACUGGUACAGAGGCUUGGUGCAGAGCCUAGCUGCUGACAAGACUGCUAAUAUCCUUUACAUCGACUUUGGUAACAAAGAGAAGGUCCCAUUUGAGAGGAUCAGACCCCUCCCUGCAAAUAUUCAGCAAUUUUGCCCAUGUGUAAUGAAGUGCCGGAUUGCUGGUGUGGUGCCAGUGGUUAACGAGUGGUCAGACGAGUGCUGCAUUACAGUUAGACAGCUGCUGGCCGGCAAGGCUGUCACUGUGAAGCUGUUGGAAACAGUGGAAAAAGAAUGUGCCCAUGCUGUAGAUAUCCAGCUUUCAAUGAGGGAACUGUUGAGCUCAUUCCUCCUACAGAAUGGAUAUGCACAAAAAGAAUCAGUCAAUGCACCACCGACUGAGCAAGAUAUAAGUGCCAUGUUGAAUGCAUCAUUUGAAAACUUCAAGUGCCUCUCUGAUGGGAAGGAUGACAAUGGAUGGGCUACACCACCAGAACCACUCACACAGGCAGUAGGAGACAAAUUCUCUGUUGUGGUCACCCACUUCCUGUCACCCAGUGAUCUUGUUGUGCAGAAGGUGGAGAAUGCUGGGCUUAUCCAGGAUUUGCAGUUGAUGCUGAGGAAUCACUGCUCUCAAGUUUCUACACCACAGAACUUUAGACCUGCUCCUGGAACAGUUUGUUGUGCUCAAUUCUCAGAGGACAAGCAGUGGUACCGCGCUAAAGUUCUGGCUUAUCCAUCAGAAGAACGAGUCUGUGUCGGCUACCUUGAUUUUGGCAACGCUGAGGAGGUGGAUUUAGGCCAGUUGCUUCCAAUUAGCGCUUCACUGCUGGCCCUUCCAAUGCAGGCUAUCCCAUGUGCUCUAGCAGGGGUGCAGCCCGUUGGGGAGAGCUGGUCAAAGGAUUGCAUUUUGGCUCUACAGCGGCAGCUGUCCAACAGAGUACUGCAACUUGAGAUUCAGGGAGCCCAGGAGGGCAAGACUCUGGUGUCCGUGAUUAAUGAGGCCAGUGAUCCUCAGACUGACUUUUCUGAGCUCCUGAUCUCUGCAGGUUAUGCUGCACCUGCUUCUACCACUGUUAACCUGUCGGCUGAGGAGACGACUGCUACUGCAGCGGCAAGUGUGUCCCCCACUGUGUCGUCUUCUGCGUCUCCCGCUGUGUCUCAACCUCUGGUUUGGUCUAUUGUUGAGCUUCCGUCUGAUGGCCAGAUGGUGCCGCUACUCACCAGUAUUGUGGAGAGUCCUGGAAGGUUUCACUGCCACCUUGGUAGCCCAACAGAGCUGCAGAAACUCAUGGAGCUGGAGGUUCAAUUAAAGCAGCACUGUGAGGCUGAAGCUUCACCUUUUGUGCCCAAAGUGGGAGAGCCAUGCUGUGCACUGUUACCUGGCAGUGGAGCUUGGUGCCGAGCUAUGGUGAAGGAACUGUUCGAUGACAAAGUUGCCAUACAUUUAGUGGAUUACGGUCACAGCAUGACAAUAAAAAACAUCCACCUUCGUUCCAUUACUCCGAAACUCCUUAAACUCCCUUUCCAGGCUGUUUGCUGCUGGCUUGCAGGUGUGGAGCCUGUUGGAUCAGAGUGGAGCAGUGAAGCCCUCCUGUGGUUCCAGACUUUGGUGGAUGGACAGCCGCUCAACGCUCGCGUCCUCGCCGUCACUGAGCAGGGCUAUGGAGUGGAGCUUGUAAGCAGAGGCCAGAACAUGGCAGCUGCUCUCAUUGCUGAACAACUAGCCAAAACUAAAGGAGAACCUGCCAAAGAAACACAUGUACAUUUGGAAUCCACAAUGAAACAAGGGGAUAGCUUUCAAACCAGUAAACACACUGAAGCUGUUUCCAGAGGGAUGCCGAGUGAAAUCCAGACUGCUGUGGCAUCUGACGUUGCAUGUUUUCCAGUUGAUUGGAAGACAGUGGAGCUACCUUUGAAUGAUAGCUUUCAGCCUUGCGUUGCAGCCGUCAUCAGCCCUUCUCUCUUUUACCUGCUCAGCCCUACGCAGGUUGACCAAGAAAAGCUCCAGGAGGUGAUUACGGGCCUUGCUGCCUAUUGCAGUACCUACAAUGCCACUUUAUCAGCAGGGAUGGAGAGCAGGCCUGCUGCAGGGGCUGCCUGUUGUGCCCAGUUUUCUGCUGAUAAUAACUGGUACCGUGCUGUGAUCUUAGAAGUUGGUGAGAAUGAGAUGAGAGUCCUGUAUGCAGACUAUGGGAACACUGAAAAGGUCCCAUCCUCCCAAAUCCUGCCCAUCCCUGCCCACCUGUUGCAGCUCCCUUUUCAAAUAACUCGCUGCACCCUCACUGGUAAAGAACACUUUCCUGCAGAGUGGCCAGAAGAAGUGCAGCAGAUGUUUCAAACUGAGCUGGUGAACGGUGUUCAAGCCAUAGUCCAGUCCUUUCAUGGCUCUGCUAAUGUGCUGUCUAUCACUCUGCCGUCUGAGAGAGGUGGAGAGCACCUCACUACUAUGAUCCUGGAUAUGCUGCAUGCCUGCAACAAGAGCAACCCAGACCCAGUAACCAGCCAGAGUCUUGACAACACUGGCAGCAGCACUCCAUAUGUACUUGAUGGCCCCCAGUCCAAGUCUGUCCCCGACUUCCAAUGUCAGCUGGACAACAUACCAGCACCAGUUGAUGCCACAGGGUCUAUUGAGGCUCCAGAACUGACAGCACAUACGCCUCAGCAGAAGAUUGUUUCUGCACCAGUCUUUGAAAAUCCAGUUAAGAAGAUUGCCCACAUGGAACCACCAUACCAAAAUCAUUCAAAUGAAUCUGAUCCUCAACCAUCUGGCUGCUGUUGUCAGAGGCUCCAAACACAGAUCAACAACAUGGAGCAUGUGAUGCAGCUGCAGCUUACUCUCAUCAAGCAGUUGGUUGGACAAAUAAAAUAAGAUUGUAUAUUUUUUUACAUUUUCUUUUCUGUCUUUUAACUUUGUCUUUGUAAUUAAUGGUGCUCAAUCUUCAUUAUUUUAAUGUUUUUGUUAACCCGAAGUUUUGUUUAAACUUGUUUUUUGGUUUUAAUACAGCUGGAGGCACCAAAUUGGUUUGCACUUGUAAAAGGCAUGUUCAGCCUCAGUUAUGCCAUCUGUUAGUUUGCUCUCCUGCAAAGGUAGGGAUGUCCAGCCUGAUUGCUUCAUGUUUGAAGUGUUUGACUUUUACUUCAAAGUUCUGUGUGCAUAAAAAGUGUUUUCAUUC